UGAUGUCUUUCCCAUUUCCCCAUUUCCCAUUUCCCAUUUCCCUUCGCGGCUAGAGGUUGGCGUUGCAGAUAUGCCGCGGCUGUCCACCCCUCAAAUAACUUAUUUCAUUACAUUGUAAUAUUUAAGAAGAAAGUAAAUUAAUAACAAGGGUGUUCCAACUUCCAUGCCGAAAAGAAAGGCUAAGCAUUCUGGAUGGACAUAUGGGAAACGACAAAAGAUUCCAAUCAAUUUGGUUGAUAAGGAAGAGAAUUAUUCGGAGGAGGAUCAGAUCAGUCAGCUACCGGAUGUCAUUCUAAUCAGCAUUCUUUCCCUAUUGGGUAUUAGGGAUGCAGCAAGAACUUGUGUCCUCUCUAAGAGGUGGAUCUAUGUGUGGAAACAGAUUACAUGUCUCAACUUCGAUGAUAUAGAUGCAUUAUCCAAACCACAGAAGAAAAGAAGGCAACGAGUGAAAACAACAUCUAGUUACAAUUGGGUGAAUCAAGUCUUGCAAUUGCACCAUGGUCCAUCCUUAGAUGAAUUCAAAAUUCGUUCUUCCUCACUCAAUUGCAGUCCUAGUAGUUCUGAAAUCGACAAUUGGAUUGAAUUUGCAAUGUGGAGGAGAGUUCAAGGCCUUGAGAUAGAUUUGGAAGCAGGCAGACGGUCUCGUUUUUCUUCUCCCAGUUAUAUCUUUCCAGAUAAGCCAUUUAGAAGCCCUUUUGGUAUUUCCUGCAUCAAGUCCCUUAAACACCUCUCUUUGUCCUUUGUAAAUAUAACCGGCGAACUUGUUGAGCACUUUCUAUCCUACUGUGAACUCCUUGAGCAUCUCUGCAUUUCUUGCUCAGAUCAAUUAGUAAAAUUGAAAGUUGCUGGUUCAUCACUCCGGUUGAAGUUCCUACAAAUAAGUGAGUGUACGUCUUUAGGAUUAGUUGAGAUUUGGGCUCCUAAUCUCGUGUCAUUUAUUUAUAAGGGAAUGUUGGGUUAUUGUGACAGUAUUCGAUUGAGGCAUGCACCCUUGCUUGUUAAUGUAUCUCUUGCAGAAAGUACUAGGUCUAUAAUUGAACCUUUUCUUUCGGUUAAAAGUUGCAUUCCUCAGCUGGUGACUCUCAACAUGCACAUGAAUCUGAAUUCGAGAGGAGGGGUGUGGCUCCCAGAAUUUCCAGAAUUUACUUGUCUCAAGGACUUAUCGUUGAGUGUUAUCGCAACUGAUCGGCUAAGCCUCCUUGCUUUGACUAAACUGAUAGAGCGGUCACCUUUCUUGCAUAGAUUUACAUUGAAGUUAAGAUGGGUACGUGACUCGUGUCAGAGGAAUAUGCAGAAGGUUAAUAAAUGUCCUCAUCAGUGCCUUAAGGUGGUGAAAUUUUCUGGGUUCGUUGGGUCUAUUAUCGACACUGAGCUUGCCACGUACUUCACUGAGAAUGCCGUUGCGCUUGAGACGUUUAUCAUCGAUCUCAAAAAGGUUGUCGUUGAAGAAUCCACUCCAUUGUCUGAAUUUGUUACAACCCAGAAAAAAAUGAGGGCAACAAGAAAGCGGGCCUUGCAGAUUGGAGAAAAACUACCUCCAGGAGCUGAGUUAAUUGUUGUGUGAUUUCACUUGUUUAGUCCUCUUUGCUACAGACUUUCUUGCAGCAUGUAAUUUGCUACUAUUUAUUUCUGACAUAUUCGGAAAUUGAAAUAAUGUAUGGUCGUGAUGACCAACGAUUGUUGGAGAAGACGUGGAAAUCUUCACUAUUAUAAGUUCUUAAAUCUAGCUGCUUAGCUACUCUUUGGCCUAUGACUUUUUGUAUGGAUCUUGUUUUGGUUCAUUACGUUCAUGGGACAUUGUGUGUU